CGGUGGUGUGCAGGAGGCGGCGUGUUUCACCGGGGACAGUCCCGUUUAACGGAGCGGCAGCGCGGACAGACAUUUUCGUCCUGUAACACGCAGACGCACGAUAUACAGCAACACAAGAGGAGGAAGGAGAAGAAGGAGGAGCAGAAGAAACUUACCGAGUUUUCCUUGUUGAGGUCAAAGUUAAGCAGUCAUCAUGGCAGACGAAGCAGACAUGCGCAAUGAGCUGGCCGACCUGCAGACGCGCGCAGACCAGAUAGCCGAUGAGUCUCUGGAGAGCACUCGGCGUAUGCUGGCUCUGGUUGAGGAGAGUAAAGAUGCCGGUAUCAGGACUCUGGUCAUGCUGGAUGAGCAGGGAGAACAACUGGAGCGCAUCGAGGAGGGGAUGGACCAAAUCAAUAAGGACAUGAAGGAUGCAGAAAAGAAUUUGAACAAUCUAGGACAGUUCUGUGGUCUAUGUUCAUGUCCCUGUAACAAGAUUAAGGGCGGGGGCCAGGCCUGGGGGGGGAACCAGGAUGGAGUGGUGAACAGCCAGCCGGGGGCUCGAGUGGUGGAUGAGCGUGAACAGAUGGCCAUCAGUGGGGGCUUCAUCCGCAGGGUAACAGACGACGCCCGGGAGAAUGAGAUGGACGAGAACCUGGAGCAGGUGGGCGGGAUCAUUGGCAAUCUGCGUCAUAUGGCCCUGGACAUGGGCCAGGAGAUUGACACGCAGAACCGCCAGAUCGACAGGAUCAUGGAGAAGGCUGAUUCCAACAAGACCAGGAUUGAUGAGGCCAACCAGCGUGCUACAAAGAUGUUGGGCAGUGGCUAAACUGCAGCGAAAAGUGCUUUCAUCCCCAUUUAACCCCAGUCACCCUAAUAAUAACAACACCAACUAAACCCAGCCCCCAGUACCAACGCCCAGCGCCCACAUCCUUCGCUCGACAGCAGGCGCUGCAAAAUCAUGCUUUUAUUGUGAUACUGGUAGAGGUUUGCACACAUGCACAUAUCAUCCAUCCCUCCUCUGCCCUCCCUACCAUUUCUGCCCAUCACUACAACUCCGUUCCUUCCAACCCUUGUUGUCAGUGUUGUUCAGUGAUGUCUCUCUUUUGAUUUUGUUAAGAGAUAAUAGUUCUGUUCCACAACGCCCACUCCAACUCUCCACACGCUGUACAUAGUGCUUCUUUAAUGGCUUCAGUGAUUUAGAUCACUUGUCCCAUUUUUCUUCAUCACUCCUUUUUUUUAAAGUCUAUGUGUAAUAUAAACUGUAUGUACACCUUGUUUCCAAGAUGUCCUUUCCACAUGUCAGUAUUCUGGUGUUGUCCAUGCAAGACACACUGUGUAUUCAUCAGUUACGAUGUUGUGAUGCUACAUGAUAAGGCCACAGUGAUUUGCCAUGAAUAUAGUGAACAUACAGCUUAUUACCAAGGCCACUGUUUAAAUACAAAGUCAUUUCAUGUAGAUGUGGAGCUGCUCAGAUCUCACCAACAUAGUAGACGAUGGAUAAGGUUUUGGGCCAUUUGGAUAAAAACACAGCUUUUUGGUCAUUACUGUGCACCAGUAUUUUUACUAACUGUUAAUGGAGCAGUAUUAAAACAAUUUGAUGCCAUAGAUUAUAUACUAUUUUCCUCAGGGAGCUAAAUCUGACCACUCAAAAGCAAUGGCUGGAUAUUUGAGUGAUACAUUGUGAUUUAUAAAAAUGACAUAUUUGUAACACCAGGUUCAGUGUUUAUGUCUUUAUGAUCUGAACAGCAAUAUAGAUGGGACUCAGACAAAAGCUAACAUGUGAUAGUGAAAGGAGGUGGAGCUUUGCAGAAGGUCAGAGUUCAACAGCAAUCAAUUCAACUUUUACAGAGAGGUCAACAACCUCUUCACAUACCAGGCCACGAUUUGUCCAUGAUUCAACCCUAGCAAUAUGAAAUAGUCCUUUAAGUGUGUUAUGCAUGUGCAUCCGCUGCUAGCAAACACUGAAUAAUUCAUUUAUCCAGGCAAAAAUAUCCUAAGAUGGCAACCGCAUGCUACAUAUGUAGGCCACACAGAGGAGAGGCCCGUAUUUAUCUGCAAUAGUGCCACUCUUUGUUUCAUGUCUCUUUACCUGUCCGGACUGUGACCAUCACUGUAAAAUAAUACCUUGGAAAAUGCCAAUAAAACCAUCAUAACUGUAGAAUCAAA